GGACCACCAGGUCCACCUGGUCCAGCCGGAGACAAAGGACCACCUGGACCUCAAGGCCAACCUGGACGUGGAGGCAAUCAAGGUAACAAUGGACGACCAGGACCACCUGGACCACCGGGACCACCCGGACAACCUGGUCCAGACGGUAUGCCAGGCGAGCCAGGUCGUAACGCCAUGAACUCACCAUCAAUGCCCGGAGAUCCUGGACCACCUGGACAAGACGGAGCACCCGGAGAGCCCGGAGAUAUGGGACCACAAGGACCACCUGGACAGCCUGGACAUCCAGGACAACGUGGCCCACCCGGUCCACCUGGACCACCUGGAGAGGCUGGNUAA